GCAGUUCGGCAAACAAGUGAACAUCUGGGCUGUCGACAUGCUACAGAGAAUGGAGAAACUGUGGUUGUCGGUCUUAUUCCUCUGCGUGCUCUCGAUGUAUCACGCCUCGGCCGAAAACGGUGGAGUGAAGAAAUUAAAGAUGCAGUUUGCAGCGGGACCACUGCUUAAAUUUCAGAUCUGUGUUUCCUGAGGAUACAGGCGGGUGUUUGAGGAGUACACACGGGUUUUAACCCAGAGGUACCCAGACAUCCGCAUUGAGGGGGAGAACUACCUGCCCCAACCUAUAUAUCGACACAUUGCUUCCUUCCUCUCCAUUUUUAAGCUUGUUGUAAUUGGGCUCAUUAUUGUUGGUAAGGACCCAUUUGCAUUCUUCGGAGUAGAGACUCCAGGGCUCUGGCUUUGGGGACAAGAGAAUAAGAUAUAUGCAUGUAUGAUGAUCUUCUUCCUCAGCAAUAUGAUUGAGAAUCAGUGCAUGUCCACGGGAGCCUUCGAAAUCUCACUUAAUGAUGUGCCUGUGUGGUCUAAGCUGGAGUCCGGCCACCUGCCCUCCAUGCAGCAGCUGGUUCAGAUUCUAGAGAAUGAGAUGAAGCUCACUGCGCAUAUGGAUGGUCUCCCUCACCAACGCUCCUAACAUCUGUCACAGGAGACAGGGAUUCUCAGUACCCCUCUGUAGGUUUGUGGUUAGUGUCCUCGGUCAGUGAGAUAUCACCAAUGAAGGUCUGUACUGAAAGCAGUCUUGCUGCUGGUGCAGACUGGAAGCCCAAGGCAUCUUCACUGUUCCUGGAGGGACCCGCCCACCUGUAGGGGGCUGAGGAAUCCCAGCCAAAGAGCUUUUGGUCAGAGGAGGAUUAUGAACUGGGUGUUUUUUUUACUCAGUUGUAUGGUUUUGAAUAGCUGAAGAGAUCCAGCUGUCUGUGAGUCUCAUGAGUUAAAGUAAUAUGAAAUCAAUGGACCCAAGUUGUCUGUGCGUUAUGGUGGUUCCAGUUGUCUUUAUGUCUGUUUGAGAAAAGAAUCAUGCAUAAUUGUUCACUAGUAAUUCUAAUCCUGUUUAACCUGUCAUUCAUUUUGUACUUAAUAAAUUAUGAGAAGAAAAUACACUGACAUGCAGUAUAUUCAUCCAAAUUCUAACACUGUACAUUGAGAAACAUGUUUGUUUUAAUUAAUAUAUUUUGAUUUGUUGUAAUUUUGUAUAUUUCUUUUUUAUAGCUUGAGGUGAGGUAUAACUAAUAAAGCUGGUGUCCAAGGAAUGACAUUUUCAUAUUUCCA